GGUCACCCUGAGUUUGAGUUGCCUGGGGUCACAAUGGUGGCCAAGUGGCUAUAUAAAUACAAACACAGGAGUGAGGGUAAGGGAUCAGCCCAGGGUGCGUGACAUUGGAGCCCAGUCCUGAAGGAGGAGGAGGCUGUGGGGUGCAAGGCAGGCGCACCUGGUGGGGAGACGGUACACGCAGAGGCCUGAAGAUAGCAGGCCUCCUGUCUAUGACCGCCCUAGACCUGCUGCAGACAGGAGCCCACUGAUGCCAGGCUGGUCUCCUCCCUGUGGGCCUAGAAUGCAGAGGGCCCCCAGGCUGUCACCAGCUGUCCCCACUCUGUGCCUCAGAGUCAUGUGGCCAUUGGCACAGCAGCCCUGAGUAUCUCCAGGAUUCACUAGGAAGCAGAGUGAGCUGGGGCUGAGGCCUCUAGGUGGGCCCAGGAGACCAGAGGGCUGGGCGGUGUCGGGCAGAAGCGGAGGUGAGGAAGAAGUGCAAGGGACAGGGCAGGGACGCAGCAGCUCUCACGCUGGACCUGCACUUCCUCCUCCUCCCCUUCCUGCCUGGGCUUGGGUCACACAGAUGGACUAGCAAGGGGAAAUUCUUGAGUAUAAAGUCCAGCAGGUGGAAGGACCAGGCUGGGACUCCUGUGUUCCUCACUGGAACAGAACGUAUGGCUCAAGCUACCAUGGGUGUCGGGAUCUGGGGGAGCCUGGUGCUACUGGGUCUGUGCAGCUGGACAGUGGGCAGGGCAGCUGGAGCAAGGAGCCUGCCAGUGGAUGCUCAGAACAGCAGCUCCAUCAGCCUGCCCUGGGAGUGGCUUGUGGACUCUGACUCCCAGAACCUCACCUACUUGAUCCAGUGGACUGGAGACGGCAACUCAAGUGAGACCCUGAGGACCACAGACACCAAUGUCACUGUGGAGGGACUGCGUCCUGGGACUUCACAUGUGUUUUCUGUAGGAGGGGGGGAAGACAGAGUCAACAGAGAGACUGUCAGUGCUACUACAGCCCCCAACCCAGUGAGCAGCCUGCGAGUGGAAAGUCAGACCAACAGUUCCAUCAGAUUGUGCUGGGAGCGGCCCAAGGAGUCAGGCUCCCAGAACCUCACCUACUGUGUGCAGUGGACUGGAGACAGCAACACAAUUGAGACCCAGAGGACCACAGACACCUGUGUCACCGUGGAGGAACUGCGUUCUGGGACUUCAUAUGAGUUUUCUGUGUGGGUGGAAAAAGACCGAGUCAACAGCACCAGGGAGACUCUCAAUGCUACUACAGCCCCCAACCCAGUGAGCAGCCUGCGAGUGGAAAGUCAGACCAACAGUUCCAUCAGAUUGUGCUGGGAGCGGCCCGAGGAGUCAGACUCCCAGAACCUCACCUACUAUGUGCAGUGGACUGGAGACAGCAACACAAUUGAGACCCAGAGGACCACAGACACCUGUGUCACCGUGGAGGAACUGCGUUCUGGGACUUCAUAUGAGUUUUCUGUGUGGGUGGAAAAAGACGGAGUCAACAGCACCAGGGAGACUCUCAAUGCUACUACAGCCCCCAACCCAGUGAGCAGCCUGCGAGUGGAAAGUCAGACCAACAGUUCCAUCAGACUGUGCUGGGAGCGGCCCGAGGAGUCAGACUCCCAGAACCUCACCUACUAUGUGCAGUGGACUGGAGACAGCAACACAAUUGAGACCCAGAGGACCACAGACACCUGUGUCACCGUGGAGGAACUGCGUUCUGGGACUUCAUAUGAGUUUUCUGUGUGGGUGGAAAAAGACGGAGUCAACAGCACCAGGGAGACUCUCAAUGCUACUACAGCCCCCAACCCAGUGAGCAGCCUGCGAGUGGAAAGUCAGACCAACAGUUCCAUCAGACUGUGCUGGGAGCGGCCCGAGGAGUCAGACUCCCAGAACCUCACCUACUAUGUGCAGUGGACUGGAGACAGCAACACAAUUGAGACCCAGAGGACCACAGACACCUGUGUCACCGUGGAGGAACUGCGUUCUGGGACUUCAUAUGAGUUUUCUGUGUGGGUGGAAAAAGACGGAGUCAACAGCACCAGGGAGACUCUCAAUGCUACUACAGCCCCCAACCCAGUGAGCAGCCUGCGAGUGGAAAGUCAGACCAACAGUUCCAUCAGACUGUGCUGGGAGCGGCCCGAGGAGUCAGACUCCCAGAACCUCACCUCCUAUGUGCAGUGGACUGGAGACAGCAACACAAUUGAGACCCAGAGGACCACAGACACCUGUGUCACCGUGGAGGAACUGCGUUCUGGGACUUCAUAUGAGUUUUCUGUGUGGGUGGAAAAAGACGGAGUCAACAGCACCAGGGAGACUCUCAAUGCUACUACAGCCCCCAACCCAGUGAGCAGCCUGCGAGUGGAAAGUCAGACCAACAGUUCCAUCAGACUGUGCUGGGAGCGGCCCGAGGAGUCAGACUCCCAGAACCUCACCUCCUAUGUGCAGUGGACUGGAGACAGCAACACAAUUGAGACCCAGAGGACCACAGACACCUGUGUCACCGUGGAGGAACUGCGUUCUGGGACUUCAUAUGAGUUUUCUGUGUGGGUGGAAAAAGACGGAGUCAACAGCACCACGGAGACUCUCAAUGCUACUACAGCCCCCAACCCAGUGAGCAGCCUGCGAGUGGAAAGUCAGACCAACAGGUCCAUCAGACUGUGCUGGGAGCGGCCCGAGGAGUCAGACUCCCAGAACCUCACCUACUAUGUGCAGUGGACUGGAGACAGCAACACAAUUGAGACCCAGAGGACCACAGACACCUGUGUCACCGUGGAGGAACUGCGUUCUGGGACUUCAUAUGAGUUUUCUGUGUGGGUGGAAAAAGACGGAGUCAACAGCACCAGGGAGACUCUCAAUGCUACUACAGCCCCCAACCCAGUGAGCAGCCUGCGAGUGGAAAGUCAGACCAACAGGUCCAUCAGACUGUGCUGGGAGCGGCCCGAGGAGUCAGACUCCCAGAACCUCACCUACUAUGUGCAGUGGACUGGAGACAGCAACACAAUUGAGACCCAGAGGACCACAGACACCUGUGUCACCGUGGAGGAACUGCGUUCUGGGACUUCAUAUGAGUUUUCUGUGUGGGUGGAAAAAGACGGAGUCAACAGCACCAGGGAGACUCUCAAUGCUACUACAGCCCCCAACCCAGUGAGCAGCCUGCGAGUGGAAAGUCAGACCAACAGGUCCAUCAGACUGUGCUGGGAGCGGCCCGAGGAGUCAGACUCCCAGAACCUCACCUACUAUGUGCAGUGGACUGGAGACAGCAACACAAUUGAGACCCAGAGGACCACAGACACCUGUGUCACCGUGGAGGAACUGCGUUCUGGGACUUCAUAUGAGUUUUCUGUGUGGGUGGAAAAAGACGGAGUCAACAGCACCAGGGAGACUCUCAAUGCUACUACAGCCCCCAACCCAGUGAGCAGCCUGCGAGUGGAAAGUCAGACCAACAGGUCCAUCAGACUGUGCUGGGAGCGGCCCGAGGAGUCAGACUCCCAGAACCUCACCUACUAUGUGCAGUGGACUGGAGACAGCAACACAAUUGAGACCCAGAGGACCACAGACACCUGUGUCACCGUGGAGGAACUGCGUUCUGGGACUUCAUAUGAGUUUUCUGUGUGGGUGGAAAAAGACGGAGUCAACAGCACCAGGGAGACUCUCAAUGCUACUACAGCCCCCAACCCAGUGAGCAGCCUGCGAGUGGAAAGUCAGACCAACAGGUCCAUCAGACUGUGCUGGGAGCGGCCCGAGGAGUCAGACUCCCAGAACCUCACCUACUAUGUGCAGUGGACUGGAGACAGCAACACAAUUGAGACCCAGAGGACCACAGACACCUGUGUCACCGUGGAGGAACUGCGUUCUGGGACUUCAUAUGAGUUUUCUGUGUGGGUGGAAAAAGACGGAGUCAACAGCACCAGGGAGACUCUCAAUGCUACUACAGCUCCCAACUCGGUCACCUUGGUCUCCUGCGUCAGCACCUCGGGGGGCUAUGGGCUCCUCCUGAACUGGUCCUGUCCCUCUGGAGGGUAUGAAGGCUUUGAGCUGGAGGUGGGCAUGCAGCGGAGCACCCAGGACAACUCUUCAUGCGGGAACCACGUGCAUCUGUUGGGCUUUGGGCCAGCUCAGUCCUACACAGCCACCGUGGUAACCCUCUGGCACGGUCUGAGAGCUAAAUCUGCCUCGGUGACCUGCCAAACUGAGAGUGCAGGUGUCAUCGCUGGAGUGGUUGUGGGUGUGCUCCUGAUCCUCAUCCUCGUGGGCCUGCUGGUUUUGUUCCUGAAGAAGAGGAACAGGAAGCACCAGAAGCAGGAAACGCCCCAGGACUUGGCAUUCAGCUUCUUCCCAGGGGACAUUCUGGCCAAGGACUUCGCUGACCAUGUCAGGAGAAACGAGAAGGACAGUAACCGGGGCUUCUCAGAGGAGUACCAGCGACUGUGCCAGGAGGGCGAGGGCCAGUCGCAGACAACGGCCUCGGCCCUGGAGAACAAGGCCAAGAACCGCUACAGAAAUGUGCUGCCCUAUGACUGGUCACGGGUGCCCCUGCAGCCCCUCGAGGACCAGCCAGGCUCCAACUACAUCAAUGCCAGCUUUGUGCCUGGUCUCCAGAGUCCCCAGGAUUUCAUCGCAACCCAGGGCCCCCUGCCACAGACUGUACCUGACUUCUGGCGCCUGGUAUGGGAGCAGCAGAGUCACACCAUUGUGAUGCUCACCAACUGCCUGGAGUCCAGCCGGGUGAAGUGUGAGCAGUACUGGCCUGUGGACAGCCAGCCCUGCACCCACGGGAACCUUCAGGUGGCCCUGGUGGGUGAUGAGGUGACAGAGAACUGGGCGGUGCGGGACCUGAAGCUGCUCCACAUAGAGGAGCGGAAGACCCUUCAUGUGCGACACUUCCACUACCUGGCUUGGCCAGACCAUGGUGUGCCACCCUCCCCAGACCCCUUGCUGGCUUUCUGGAAGAUGGUGAGGCAGUGGCUGGACCAGACCCCGGCAGGGGGCCCACCCAUUGUGCACUGCAGCGCUGGCGUGGGCCGCACGGGUACCUUCAUUGCUCUGGACGUCCUGCUGCGGCAGCUGGAGGGUGAGGGCCUCGUGGGGCCCUUCGACUUUGUGAGGAAGAUGAGGCGGAGCCGGCCGCUGAUGGUGCAGACGGAGGCGCAGUACGUGUUCCUGCACCAGUGUGUUCUGCGCCACGUGGAGCUGUCGGCCAAAGCGCUGACCCAGGAGGUGGAGUACGAAAACGUGGCCAACGUCAUCUACGAGAAUGUGAACGCCAUAGGGGCCUACGAACUGCAGGUCUAAGCCUGGGGCCAGGCCUGCAGCCUCGUCACGCCCCAGCUCUGGGUCCCGGGCCUGGGUUCCUGGACCCUGGCUUCCCGGCCCUGUGGGGAGGCCCUGUGGGGAGGCCGCAGCACGGGCUCCUCCUGUGCCGGGCACCGGCACGUCCGGCCUCUGGCCCCGGGCAGAGGCCGAGGGGAGGUGGCUCCUGGAAGAGCACUGUGGCCUGAGGGUGCACCAGGGCUCUCAGAAAGGUCUCUGCGCAUGGGCAAGCGGACCUCUCUGCCUUUCCUGGAAGCCAAGGCAGGCUUCCAGGAUCUGUGGCCCAAGUCGAUUCCCUGCCUGUGGUCUCCUUACCACACUUGUUUUCCUGCUAUACCCUAAUUUAUUAAAUCAUGGAUGUCCCCA